AUGGGAAGAUCUCUAGGCAGGCAACCUCUGGGAUCUGGCACUACAGCUGGCUCUACAGCUGGCUCUACAGCUGGCUCUACAGCUGGCUCUACAGCUGGCACUACAGCUGGCACUACAGCUGGCACUACAGCUGGCACUACAGCUGGCACUACAGCUGGCACUACAGCUGGCACUACAGCUGGCACUACAGCUGGCACUACAGCUGGCACUACAGCUGGCACUACAGCUGGCACUACAGCUGGCACUACAGCUGGCACUACAGCUGACACUGCAGCUGACACUGCAGCUGACACUGCAACUGACACUGCAACUGACACUGCAACUGACACUGCAACUGACACUACAACUGACACUACAACUGACACUACAACUGACACUACAACUGACACUACAACUCCAACUACAACUGGCACUACAGCUGGCACUACAGCUGCUGGCACUACAGCUGGCACUACAGCUGACACUACAGCUGACACUACAACUGACACUAUGACAAGAACUACAACUCCAACUACAACUCCAACUACAACUCCAACUACAGCUGGCACUACAGCUGGCACUACAGCUGGCUCUACAGCUGGCUCUACAGCUGGCUCUACAGCUGGCUCUACAGCUGGCACUACAGCUGGCACUACAGCUGGCACUACAGCUGGCACUACAGCUGGCACUACAGCUGGCACUACAGCUGGCACUGCAGCUGGCACUGCAGCUGGCACUGCAGCUGGCACUGCAGCUGGCACUGCAGCUGGCACUGCAGCUGGCACUGCAGCUGACACUGCAGCUGACACUCUGGCACUACAGCUGACACUACAGCUGAAACUACAGCUGACACUACAGCUGACACUAUGA